AUGUACCCGCUGUGCUGUGGCCUCCAGGUCUCUGCUGCGUCUGGGCCAGGAAAGGGGAUUCACAGGAAAAGCUGCUGCACCUCCGGGGAAGCCAUCCACCCGCUCACAGGGGCAGUGCGGUCUUCAGAGCGUCUGAGAGCCCGGAGUUGCUCAGCCAAGUUGACCUCUGCCCAGGAAGGCAGGACCGCCACGUCCGGCAGGACAGCAUGUCAGACUUCCUCACACAAAGCCACGGACAGGCGAACUUCCAAGAAGUUCAAGUGUGACCGAGGUCAGCUUGUGAAGUCAGAAUCACAGAAACUGGCCCCUAAGAGCGAGAGUGCGGCCCCACCCCGAGCACCGCCAGGGAGCCCUGGUGGACAUGAGCCCCUGGCGCUGGAGGGAGACGGCCCGUACCCCCCAGGAGAGGCAGCCGGCAUCUCCGCACAGGGGACCGCAGGCCUUCCCUUCGGUCACGGCCGAGUGGUGAGUGACGCGUGCUCGGCCAGGACUGUGGACGGCCUGCCCCGCGCCCUCCCCAGCGGGGAGUCGGACAGCAGCUCCACCGCGGGGGGCGGCUCCGUGCUGCAGAUGGACGGCAGCGCCUUCCUGGAUGACGACAGCAACCAGCCCAUGCCCGUGAGCCGGUUCUUCGGGAACGUGGAGCUCAUGCAGGACCUCCCACCGGCGUCUUCGUCUUGUCCUUCAGUGAGCAGACGGGAGUUCCGGAAGAUGCAUUUCAGAGCCAAAGAUGACGACGACGAGGAGGACGCAGAAAUGUAGGAAUAAAGUACACACAGUGACUGCCUUGCGUAUUGAGUGCGGUAACAGUGGACAGGUUAAGGUUACGGGACUUAGGAAGUUCAUCCUCUGGAGGAUGUGUCCUUAAGCAGACUUCCUGGGGGCUCCGCUGGGAGCCGGGCGUCCUGGCGGGAGGAAGCUGCUGCUGCUUGCACGAGGCGCCUGGUCUCCGUCUGUACAGACGUGAGGAUGGUUUGAGGCGGCCUCGGGCCGGGGUGAAGGAGAGAGGUUUGCAAAGGAAACGCUCCGUAAGUGUUAGCUGUGAUUGCCAGCCUCUCCCCCUCACGGGCUGACCCUCCUCGGGCUGAUUCGGGCGGUUUCGAGAACCCCGGUCUCUGUGUGAGGCUGAGGUUGACCAUGGACUUUUUGCAGGAGUUAUAUGCGAAAAAUAAAAUAUAUUUUGAAAAUAUUUUAAAGAA